UUUCGGCGGAAAAUUCUGGAUGGAGGCCCGCUCACUAUCCUUAGGGUGCCAUUAAUACUCCAGCAAUGGCAUCCAGCUUUGAGAUUGGUUAAGGACCAACAUCAGUUGCUACCCGUGUGGGUUAAGUUAAGGCACAUUCCUCAUGCACUGUGGUCAGCCUCGGGCAUCAGUGCGGUUGCUAGCGUAAUCGGCAAGCCGCUACAUGUGGAUAUUCAAACUGAAAAAAUGAGGAUGAUCUCAUAUGCCAGGGUUUGCAUCGAGGUCAAAGCUACUCAAUCAUUGCUUGAUUCAGUUGAUGUCAUUUGGAACGAUGAAACCUGGUCGAUCAAGGUCAACUAUGAAUGGCGACCGGUCUCAUGUCUUGCCUGUGGAACUUUUGGCCACGGAUGUACUCCACCUAGUGAAGUUCAUGCUGUCACUCAGAAGCUUACAACUCAAGUAGCUGCUGCUGCAGAUGCCCCUCCCUCUGGGGAAGACAUAUGGGAGACAAUCGGCAAGAGAAAUACUCGCACUCCUGUUUUGGCUUCUUCCUCUGCAAUAGAGUUGGGUGCUGCUCAUAUGCCCACCCCUGCCUUGGCAUCUUCCUCUCUCGCCCCCAAGAUUAUGGCUGCUUCUGCUGUUAUACAGUAUCUCCCUGAUCCAGGCUUGAUUUCUCGGGCCUCCCCUGAGGAUAGUUCUGAUUCGGAUACUCCUGAAGUUGAAUUAGUUAGUAAUAUUGGCAGCGACCCGGAGGAGCUCUCUCGCUCCCCUGCCCCGACGACUGCUAGAUUGAGAUCCUCGGUGCACCAAGGUUGCAAACCUCAAACCGAGUGUCCUGACACUUCCCCUCCUGCUCCUGUGAUGGCUCAACCCACUCCUGGUAACAGCCCUGUGACGACCAAGGUGCCUCUCCCGAAAUCUAGAAAACGGGGUGGCACAAAAAGCACAAAAAGGAGGUAACUCCUUUCCCUCAUGUACAUAUGUUUUUUGGUGUUUGGAAUAUAAGGGGUCUCAUGAACCCCCUCAAACAAGCGGAGAUUAGGUCCUUAGUUAGAUCUAACAAUCUUUCUUUUAUUAGUAUACUCGAGACUAAAGUCAACCCGUUUCUUUUUGACAAUAUUUCCUCUGGGUUGUUACCAGGUUGGUGUUGGUCCUCUAACUACAUGUUCUCCCCUCGUGGACUAAUUUGGGUGGGUUGGAACCCUUCACAAGUGGAUUUCGUUGUCCUCUCUAAUUCCUCUCAAGCCAUUCAUGGGCGUAUGCAUAUACUGUCAUUGAACUUGUCUUGCCAUAUCUCGGUGAUAUAUGAGGAGCACAUCUUUGUGGCUAGGCAUGCACUUUGGUCUGAUCUUAUUCAGUCAAGCCUCCAGUUUGCCGGUGAGCCUUAGAUUGUUGCUGGUGAUUUUAACGCCAUAAGAAGCCACUCCGAUAGAUUAGGCAGCUCCAAUUCUUGGAUCCCUGCCUUCGAUGAGCUUGGCACUUGUUUAGACCAGGCCGGCCUUGAUGAUCUAAGAUUUGUCGGCCAUAGAUUUACUUGGGCAACAUCUUCUGGUGCGCGCCGCAAACAAAGGAAGAUUGAUAGGGUCCUUAUCAAUGAGCUUUGGACCAGAAUCUUCUCUUAUUCAGAGGCUUCCUUCUUGGCCCCGGGCGUGUCAGACCACACUCCCAUGAUUGUUAGAAUCUUACCUUUCGAGACAACCCGGAAGCCUUUCAAAUUCUUUAAUUGCUGGAUGUCUCAUCCUUCUUUCUCGGAUACUGUUAAACAGGUGUAGGAUUCACACAUUGCUGGGACUCCAAUGAACAUUCUGUGCCAGAAGCUUAAGUUACUUAAAGGACGCCUGAAACAACUCAAUCGGGCCUCCUUCUCUUAUAUCUCAAGCCGUACCGCCCAUGCAAGGUUAGCUUUAACCUCUACUCAAGAUGCUCUUGCACUUGACCCCUUUAAUCUCUCUCUGGCCAAUCUUGAAAGGGAUCAACUCCAGGCUUUCUCGGACCUUAGAAUCCAGGAGGACUCAUUUUUCAAGCAGAAAUCGAGAAUUAAAUGGUUGUCUGAAGGGGACUGCAACACCAAAUAUUUCUACUAUUUUGUCAACAAAAGACACCUCUACAACCGUAUUUUAUCCGUCUCUGAUGAAAAUGGUUUUGUCCUUAGUGAUCCGGCUGCAGUCCAGCUUCAUAUAGUCACUCACUUCGAGAAUUUGCUUGCGACAAAUGGGCCACCUGUUCGGCCAACUCUUCAGAAUAUUCAGGCUAUGGUUGAUCGAACUCUCAAUGAGAGUCAGUCUCAUUUUCUUUCCAGACCAAUGACAGAGAUUGAGAUUCGAAACACCUUUUUCUCCCUUCCUAAAGGGAAGGCCUCGGGUCCGGAUGGCUACAAUGUUGAUUUCUUUAUCUCCUCCUGGGAAAUCGUGGGACCUUCUGUCACAUUGGCUAUAAAGGAUUUUUUCCAAUCCAGCUCUCUACUUAAGGAGAUCAAUGCUACCAUUCUCACUCUAAUCCCCAAGGUGCCCAAUGCCUCGGCAAUGAAUGAUUUCAGACCCAUAGCAUGCUGCAACACGGUGUACAAAUGCAUCUCUAAGAUCCUGGCUAAUAGGAUGGCUUCCGUUCUGCCUUUAUCAUUAGUCCCCCUCAGAAUGCGUUUGUCAAGAAACGGAGGAUAAGCGACAAUAUCCUUCUUGCACAAGAACUAUUUGCGGGUUUCCACCAUCAGCCAUAUUUGCCUAAAUGUGCCAUCAAAAUCGAUUUUCAGAAGGCUUAUGACACGGUCGACUGGGGUUUCUUGGAGGUAGUCUUACAAACUUUUGGCUUCCCGCGGAUGUUUAUUAGACUCAUUAUGGAGUGCAUGACAUCCUCGAAAUUCUCAAUUGCCAUCAAUGGUUCCCUCCGUGGAUUCUUUCCUAGCGGUAAGGGCAUUUGUCAAGGAGACCCUAUUUCUCCCUAUCUAUUCACCCUAGUGAUGGAAGUUUUCUCCGAAAUCCUCAAUGCUAAGACUCGGCUCCCGGGUUUCAAUUUCUUUUGGCGGUGCAAGGCCAUUAGGCUCACUCACCUAUUUUUCGCAGACGAUGUCCUCCUAUUCUCCGAGGCCAAUGUGCGUUCCACUGCCCUCCUCAAGGAAGGCCUUGAUCUUUUCUCUCGGUGGGCUGGCCUGAAGCCGAAUAUCAACAAAAGUGAAACAUUUUUCUUCGGAGGGACAUCGGAUGUUCGUAACCAAAUCUUACGGUCCUUCGAAUUCCAUGAAGGUACACUUCCUUUUCGCUACCUCGGGGUUCCUAUUAUCGCCUCCAGAUUAAGUAAGGCUGAUUGUACUUCUCUAGUUAAUGCUAUUACCGCUAGAGCACGCUCGUGGUCCCAGCGCUUCCUCUCAUUUGCUAGCCGGUUACAACUUAUCAAGUCGGUCUUACAUGCCAUACAUGUUUUCUGGGCUGCGGUCUUCACGCUCCCUCGAUCAAUUUUGUCGAGGAUUGAAUUAAUCCUCAGGCAAUUUCUAUGGAAAGGUCCAGAUUUGGGUGUAGGAGGCGCCAAAGUCCCUUGGAGUUUUGUCUGUCUCCCCAAACAAGAAGGUGGCUUGGGCAUUCGCAGGCUAAUAGAUUGCAAUAAUGCGGCUAUGCUCAAGCAUAUUUGGGUGCUCUUCACGGACAAGGAAUCCUUAUGGUGCAAGUGGAUACACUCCACA